AUGCAGACAUACCUUCUUUCCCAGCUAUUUAAUGGUAGCUCUUUGGCAGAAGACUUCACAACUUGUCCAGAUAAUGCUACUAUUUGUGAUGGGACAUCUUGUGUAUUACCAGAAGAUAAUUUUAACCAAACUUUGAGCGUAGUUUUAAGUACUGUUCUAACAAUUAUGCUGGCUUUGGUGAUGUUCUCCAUGGGCUGCAAUGUGGUACUUAAGAAUUUCUUGCACCACAUAAAAAGACCCUGGGGUAUUUUUGUCGGUUUCCUUUGCCAGUUUGGAAUUAUGCCUCUCACAGCCUUCUUGCUAUCUUUGGCCUUUAACGUCCUUCCUAUUCAAGCUGUCGUGGUGCUGAUCAUGGGAUGCUGUCCAGGAGGCACAGCCUCCAAUGUCAUUUGCUAUUGGGUGGAUGGAGACAUGGACCUAAGCAUCAGCAUGACAACUUGCUCCACACUGCUUGCAAUGGGAAUGAUGCCACUUUGCCUCUUUAUUUACACCAAGAUGUGGACUGAUUCUGAUGCAAUUGUACUCCCCUAUAGCAACAUUGGAACUUCUCUGCUAGCUCUCGUAAUUCCAGUUUCCAUUGGAAUAUUUGUUAACCACAAAUGGCCUAGUAAAGCAAAAAUUAUACUUAAGGUCGGUUCCAUUGUGGGAGCAAUACUCAUUGUGCUCAUUGCUGUGGUUGGGGGAAUACUCUACAAAGGCUCCUGGGUUAUCACACCCAAAUUGUGGAUCAUUGGCACCAUAUUUCCAGCAGCUGGCUAUUCUUUAGGAUUUCUGUUGGCUCGCUUAGCUGGUCUGUCUUGGCACAGAUGUCGUACAGUGUCUCUGGAAACAGGCAUGCAAAAUACUCAGCUAUGUUCAACUAUAGUACAGCUCUCAUUCAGUCCUGAUCAACUUGAACUGAUGUUUACUUUCCCACUCAUCUACAGCAUUUUCCAGCUGUUGUUUGCGCUGCUAAUUUUAGGAGGGUACCGCCUUUACAGAAGAUUCCAUGUCAAAACAAAGACAGAUGUCGAGAAAACUGAGCAAAAAGAGGAUUCAACAUCAAAUGCUAAAAUAAAUGGAGGAUUUGUAUCAAAUGAGACCAAAUAGACACUUACCUCUGCUCCCACUAGUUGGAAAGAUAAAAUACGUGGUUUACUUAAAACUUUUUUUUCACAUGCUGUUGGUUUAUGGAAAUAUUUAACAAAAGAGGUUCUGCUGAUAUUUUACAGUAAGAUUUUAAAAUUAACUUAAGAAAGAUUUCUACUUUGAUUUCGAGCAUGGUUCCUGCCACAA